CAUUUCACAGAAUGUAAACAUUGAUUAAUAUAUAAUAUUUAAUUGAAUUGGUUUUUAAUUGACUAUCAAUUUAAACCAAUAAUUAUAAAAAUGUAUGGAUUUGGUAGACAUAUCAGAUGUCUGUCGCGGCUGAAUCUGGUCAGCGGUCGAUAUCUAAAACCAAAGGCAUACACAUCGGUGUCUUCUGCGGCCGCCGUCGAUAUGCAUAAGACGCUUAAAGUUGGCCAUCAAUUGCACGGCUAUGAGGUGAAAGUCGUGGAUGAAGUUCCCGAGUUGUGUCUGUCGGCCUAUCUAUUGGAUCAUUUGAAGACUGGUGCCCAACAUCUACACAUCCAACGUGACGACAACAACAAUAUGUUUGGUGUGUCGUUGCGGACAACACCGGCUGACAGUACGGGUGUGGCCCAUAUACUCGAACACUUGUCGUUGUGCGGCUCCGAGAAGUUCCCGGUUCGCGACCCGUUCUUUAAAAUGUUGAACCGAUCGCUGACCACUUUCAUGAACGCCUUUACUACACCUGACCACACGUUUUAUCCGUUUUCAACGCAAAACCUUAAAGACUAUUACAAUCUCAUGACUGUAUAUUUAGAUGCCGUCUUCUUUCCACUUCUGCAACCGUUAGACUUCAAUCAGGAGGGUUGGCGUCUCGAGCAUCAGGACAUCAAUGAUCCGCAAUCAGACAUUAUCUUUAAAGGCGUUGUAUUUAACGAAAUGAAAGGAGUUUUUUCAAGUCCGGCGGCAAUCUAUGUCCGCAGUCUUCAAAAUCAUUUAUUUCCGGACACCACUUAUGCCAACGAAUCCGGUGGCGAUCCACUUGUUAUUCCUGAACUUAAAUAUGAAGAUCUAAAAGAGUUUCACCGAAAACACUAUCAUCCGAGUAAUGCUAGGUUUAUAACUUAUGGUAACUUUCCUCUGGAGUCACAUUUGGCUUUUAUAGACGAUUAUGUAUUGAAUCGAUUUAAUCUGAAUGAAAAUUUUAGGAAUUCAACUGAAGCUCGAAAUCAACCGAAAUGGUCAAAACCGAUGCGUAAAGAGAUUCAGUCACAACCCGAUCCUUUGGCACCUUUUCCGGACAAACAGACAACAGUCAGCAUUAGUUAUAUGUUAGAAGACAAGAGUAAUACACACGAAUGCUUUACACUAUCCAUCAUUUGUUCAUUGCUGAUGGAUGGUCCCAAUUCACCUUUAUAUCAGGCGCUUAUAGAUUCUGGUUUGGGAUCUGAUUAUAGCCCGAACAGUGGGUUUGCUGGUUAUACAAAACAAGCAUUUUUUUCUAUUGGUUUACAAGGAAUAGCUAAAAAAGAUGUCAAUUUUGUUGUAAAAGCCAUCGAUACGGCACUGAAGAAUGCUUCCAACGAUGGAUUUCCUGAGGAACGAAUUGAAGCCAUUUUACAUCGACUGGAACUGAGCACUAAAUACCAAACAAAUAACUAUGGUUUAGGUUUGGCUAUGAAUUUGAACUCUAUUUGGACACACGAUUGCAAUCCCAUUGUCGGUCUCAAAGUUAAUGAUCACGUGAAUAGGUUUCGCAAAGAACUCAAACAAAAUCCUAAACUAUUGGAACAGAAAAUUAAAGAAUAUUUUAUAUCAAACACUCAUCGAUUAGUUUUAGAGAUGAAUCCUUCUGAAGAUUUUGAGAAGAAUUUACGAGAAAAAGAGCAAAAUUUAUUGAAUGAGAAACUGAGGAAACUUUCUAAAGAAGACUUGAAAGAUAUAUAUAAUAAGGGAAUUCAAUUGGAAAAACAACAAAAUGAUAAACAAAAAGUAGAUAUUUUGCCGACUCUUGUGGUCAAAACUGACAUUUCUCGUAGCUUUGAUGCAACAAAUGUUGAAACAACACAAAUAUCAAACACCAGCGUUCAAUGGUCGGCACAACCGACUAAUGGUAUCACUUAUUUUAAUGCCAUUUUAAAACCUAACUUCAGUAAUUUCCCUCAACAUCUGGUACCAUAUCUGCCAUUGUUUAAUCAAGUGGCCACCAAAUUAGGCGCCGGAAGUCUAGACCGCAAACAAUUGGAUCAAGAGAUACAAUUACUGACAGGUGGACUUCAGAUGUCGGUUCACGUGACUGACCAUCCAUCACAGUUUGAUCUCUUUGAGAAGGGACUCAUCAUAUCAUCACAUUGUUUAGAAAGAAAUAUUGAUCAUAUGUUUAGAUUAUUGACGAAUAUAUUUAAUAGUAUUCGCUUUGAUGACGAUUACGACCAUUUGCUUCAACUUAUCCGAAUCAGUUCUGCCGAACUGGCAAUGAGUUUACCUCAUUAUGGCCAGAGAUAUGCGAUGCAGAGAUCGGCCGCCGCAUUAGGUGGUGCUUUUAAGUUUCGGGAACAGACCAGUGGUUUAUCAUCUGUUGAUCACUUUCGGUCGAUGGCAUCUCUAGAGUCUUCGGAACCAGUUGUCGAACAUCUCAAGAGUAUUGCCGAUCUACUACUUAACUCUGAUUCUAUGCGAUGUUCUAUCAAUGCCGAAGCAUCUACUAUUAGGUCAUCACUUCAAUCGGUCGAAAAAUUCAUUAAUUCACUUAACAAAAGAACUGAACCGAUUGGUGAAACUCAAGAAUGCGGUAACAAUGGCGACAUUCCAGCCAUUGAGUCGAUGUUGAAUGAACACCAUGUGCUGCCAUUUGCUAACAAUUAUUUAGGAAAAUCGGUAUAUUGUACACCAUUUGUUCACAACGAUUACGCCAAACUUAAAAUAGCCGCUAAUCUAGUUUCGGCCAAAUAUCUUCUCAGAGAAGUUAGAGAAAAGGGAGGCGCUUAUGGCGGGGGCGCUAAAUUCAAUUUGGGUGGUGUUUACAGUUAUUAUUCAUAUCGCGACCCUAAUGUUGAACAAACAAUCGAUGCGUUUAAUGAUUCGGCCCAAUGGUUGGCCAAUCAAAGUAAUUAUAGUGAACAGGACAUCGAUGAAGCAAAACUUUCCGUCUUUCAAGAAGUAGACCAUCCGAUUAUGCCCAGUGAACAGGGAUUGCUUUUGUUUGUUAAUGGGAUUACCGAUCAAAUGAGACACGACUAUAGGAUGCGUUUACUCGAUGUUACCAAAGCUGACAUCGAAGAAGUAGCCAAAAGAUAUUUGGUUAACGAAAAACUUCAUUCCGGUGUUGUCCUUAUCGGUCCGCGCAAUGAUCGGACACUAUCUGAUCCAAAGUGGCUUAUAAUUGAAGACAAGCCUAAUAAUUGACAUUAUAUUUUAUAAUAGUUUUUUUUAAGUUAUAUCAUAUAUAUUGCUUUAUUUAAAAUCUCAAUCAAUAGUGAA